CACUAAACAGAAUUUGGUCUCUCUGGCUGACCAUACUUUGGCUGUAGUUCAGAAAUACUGUAAUAUGUUCUCAUGCCCUUAUCCAGGUCGUGGCUCGAGAAACAGACGAAGGCUCUGCACUGAACAAGAUUCAACAUGAGACAUUUACUGAAUUUGCAAAAGUUGGCGAGUCGCAGUUUUAACACGACCUCCAGACAUUUGGGAAACAAGGUGUCAGAGUAUCAGAAGUUAUUUCAGGCGGACAAUAAUCUACCCGUCCAUAUCAAGGGAGGGACUCUGGAUGUCCUGCUGUAUCGCUUCACUAUGACAAUCACCAUUGCAGGAACUGGAUUCUCCCUCUACUGGCUUUUGCUUGCCUGUCAGCCCAGGAAUAAAUAAGAAAGAAGAGUAUGUGUAUGUAAUAAGUUGUGACACAACACAAACUUGCAAUGAUAUUAUAUUGGAAAUCGUAUGCAAAAUAAAUGGUUUCACAGCA